CGCGAGAGUUCGGGGGGAAGGUCUCGCGGUGCCCUCACGCAGCCUGGAGGUCGUCGAGGAUAAGAAGCAAAAUCCGUCCAGUCCUUCCCUCUUUUCUGCCGACGUCUCCCGCCAUGUUCUCCCGUCUCACACGAUCUGCCUGCGCUGGGCUUCGUAGAGGAUUCGGCACCACCUCGCAGAAUCAUGCUAAAGUGGCUGUACUUGGUGCUUCUGGUGGAAUUGGCCAGCCUCUCUCCCUCUUGCUGAAGAACAGCCCCUUAGUCAGUCAACUCAAUCUCUAUGAUAUCGCGCACACACCUGGUGUUGCAGCUGACCUCAGCCACAUCGAAACAAGAGCUGAAGUGAAAGGUUUCCUAGGACCGGAGCAGUUGCCAGAUUGCCUAAAGGGUAGUGAAGUUGUAGUAAUCCCAGCUGGAGUCCCUAGAAAGCCUGGGAUGACUCGUGAUGACCUGUUCAAUACAAAUGCUACCAUCGUUGCUACCUUGGCAGCUGCUUGUGCCCAGCAUUGCCCUAAAGCUCUUAUCUGUAUUAUUGCAAAUCCGGUCAAUUCCACCAUCCCAAUUACUUCCGAGAUUUUUAAGAAACAUGGUGUAUAUAAUCCUAACACAAUUUUUGGUGUCACAACUUUGGACAUUGUGAGAGCAAAUACUUUUGUAGCUGAAUUGAAGGGCUUGGAUCCAGCUCGUGUCAAUGUUCCUGUGAUUGGUGGCCAUGCAGGGAAGACCAUCAUCCCCCUAAUCUCACAGUGUACCCCAAAGGUGGAUUUUCCUGAAAAUCAGCUGGUGACCCUCACUGAAAGGAUUCAGGAAGCUGGAACUGAAGUUGUCAAAGCAAAAGCAGGCGCAGGAUCAGCUACAUUGUCCAUGGCCUAUGCUGGUGCCCGGUUUGUCUUCUCAGUCCUAGAUGCUGUGAAUGGGAAAGAAGGUGUCAUUGAAUGCGCCUUCGUCCGAUCAGAGGAAACAGAAUGUCCUUACUUUUCAACACCUCUGCUACUUGGGAAAAAUGGUAUUGAGAAAAACUUGGGUAUUGGCAAGAUCACUCCUUUUGAAGAGAAGAUGGUGGCUGGGGCCAUUGGAGAGCUGAAAGCUUCCAUCAAGAAAGGUGAAGAUUUUGCCAAGAGCAUGAAGUGAAGCAUCAAUGACAAAAGAGAACUGCUGUCCCCUUAAUUUAUUUAAGGUGCAUCAUGUCACUUUAAAGUCUUCUGGAGGCAAAAGUAAUAAUUUUUGCCUGAAGGCCCGAUAUUGACUUGCCCUCUAAUCUAUCAAUUGGAAUUCUGUUCUUCAAUUUUAAAAAAAAAAACAACUUAUUUUUUUCCAGGGUA